AGAUCUUUGUUCGUCACAGUCAAAUAUACUUACCAAAUUGUAGCUCCCUGUGCAUAGCGUAUUGUUUUAGAGCUAACUUUAGGCUGUUGGCAUAAAUCACUGGAACAUGCAUCUAUUUAAUGUCCAUUAGAUAAAGCGCUUAUUUAAACAUCUGCAAAGAACCACUGGGGCCGAACAUUGUAGACAACAGGAAGGAUCUCGUCCAGCUAGCUAAAAGCGCAACUUCAGUGUGGCUGUGGGAGCAAGUGAAGGCAGUCUCCUUGUCCAGGACUGUCGCCAGAAAUGAAGAGCCAACAAAAAAGCCCUGAUACAGAUGGGAGUACUACUGUUAACGAAGAAGGCUCAGUGGCCACUGCAGAAGAUCCAGCCGCUAUUGCAGCCAUUCAGUCUGCCUCCACAUUCACGGAUCAACCCAUCAAAUACUUAUUCAAGACAGAAGGAGGUGUUGGACAAGUGACCUACAGAGUGAUCCAGGUGUCCGACGGACAGUUAGAGGGUCAAACAGAUGGAGGUGCAGCAGUGAGUCUCGUCACCGGUUUCCCUGCAACCACACAGGCAGUCACACAGGCUGUGUUCUCCCAGUCUGAAGGCCUUGAGGGAGAUAGCACCACUGAGACACAGUACACGUAUUACCCUGCCACCAUUGCUGACGCCACAGCAGGGACCAUGGUGACAACAGUGCAAGCAUCUGACACUCUUCUCAGUCAGACUACACCUACAGGGCAGCUCUAUGUGAUGAUGUCACCCCAGGAGGUUUUGACAGGCUCCAGUCAAAGGACAAUCGCACCUCGCACUCAACCAUACAUAGCAAAACAAGAAGCUCCACGGGGUUCCAGGGAUGAAAAACGGCGUGCACAGCACAACGAAGUUGAGCGCAGACGUCGGGACAAAAUCAAUAACUGGAUUGUGCAGCUGUCGAAGACGAUACCAGACUGCAACAUUGAUUAUACCAAGACGGGACAGAGCAAAGGGGGAAUUUUGUCCAAAGCCUGUGAUUACAUCAAGGAACUCCGACAGAGCAAUCUGAAGUUGGGGGAAGAUCUCAGCACACUUGAUCGACUUAGGAUUGACAAUCAGCUUCUCCGACAAGAGGUAGAAGACUGGAAAUCCAAGAAUCAGAUCCUAAGGAAUGUGCUACGUCAGCAUGGCGUUGUGGGAUCAUCCAGUGCGGACCCGCAGUAAAAAGCCUUUGAGGAGCAGCUUUUGAAGACAACUCGCACACGGGCCAAAACAGUACUUGAAAUGCUUUGACUGAGACAUGUGAGGCUUGUCAAGUGUGCAUGAUACAUAAGGAAAUAAUUGAAUAUUGACCUAAAUAUUCAACCCGCUGUCCGAAAAUGACACAUUUAAUGUUUUUAAGAUUUUAAAAGAACUUAUCUUAUGCCAAACGCAUUGCAUUUAAAAGCGAUGAACUGGUCAUUGAAUACUUUCCUCUUAUAGCUAUUAGCUCCAGUCACUGUAGAACGCUCCAGGUGAUGACCAGGCUUUUUCACACUGCACUUUGCAACACGGUGUCGAAAACCCUAUUUAUUGUGACUGAAUGUCGCAUCGCACAAGGUGGGUGGGUGCCUGUUGAUGUAACCCCAAUGGCACUCUGAAAUUGAAAAAUCAAAGCCUGGCAUAGUAAUAUCCAUGGGGUAACAGCAGUACAUCAGCAGGAAAAGCCUUGCUGUUUCUUUCUAGAACGGUAAACAAGCACUUACAAACACGGAGAAGCGUGCAGUAGUUCUUGCGCACUACCCCAUUGUGAAAAAGAAACCAAGUGCAGCGUGAAAAGGCCAAAAUGCGCCGUUUACAUUAUGUUCCCGUGGCGACAGUGACGGUUUAUAUGGCAAUAUGGAAGGUUGCAAUUUGUCUGACACACCACAUGGCAGGGGAGUUGAAUUUCAGUCAGCCUUGUUCACAAAUAUUCGCCAAAGUUUUCCAUGUGUCUUCUGUAGAAAACCUGAGCAGAAUGUAAAAGAUGUGAGACCUUGACCAGAAUGUGAAAACCAUGAGGAUAGGAGAUAUCCGGGACUGCCAUCUGUGUUAGACAGCGGGCUGAACUGCUGUGCGUCUUUUGGACUCUUGGACUUGGCAACUUCUUCUACCCAUGGCCCGUCGUGGUUGCUGUGCUCAGCUGUGAGAAAACUUGAUGGAGGAAAAAAUGGACAAAAUUCCAUCCUCUCCUAUGUUUCAGGCAAAUCCAGUAGCACUUGAUGCUGAGAACAUAGUGUAAACGUAGUAUAACUUCUUAUUGCUCCUGUUUUCUUAAUUUGCGUGGUUUACUGUCUCCAACUAUUGUACAUGUGUAUUUUAUCCAUAGUUCAUAUUCCCUUUUGCUUCGUAUUAAUAUUUGUAUUAAUCUUUUCCCAUGCCAUUUUAUUUAGCCUCACCUUGGAUUUUAAGUACAUUGUAACAAUGUAACAGAAAACAUAUAUCUGAGGGCAGUUAAAUUUUGAUCAUGUAGGUGGGCAACAAAUAAUGUGUACUGUUAUGUUACUUUAACUUUUGUGUAUUAAAGUUGCUUUCUAAAUCAA